CACUUGCAUUAUGAACAACUCAGCUGUCUUCUUCAGAGAAAAUGGCCCCUGAGGAGUUUGAAGGUGGGACAGCAGUGGCUUGUGUGAUCCUGGGUCUGUCCUUCCUGAUAGGAGCUCCGGGGAACCUUCUGGUUAUCUGGACCAUCCUGAGACACGUCAAGCAUCGUUCCCACACUUUGGUGCUCAUCCUGCACCUGGCUGCUGCGGACCUGCUGGUCCUCAUCACCCUGCCUCUGUGGAUCUACUCCCUGAUACAAACGUGGGUGUUUGGAGGGGCUACCUGCAAAGCCUUGGUGUACAUAAUCAGUGUGUGUAUGUUUAGCAGCAUCUCCAUCAUCACCCUCAUGAGUGUGGAGCGCUUUCUAGCCAUCUGCCAUCCGUUUGUGAUGAUGCGCUGGAAGGUCAAGAGUGUACAGAACAGAUGUCUCGUACCUUUGUGGGUCCUUGCUUUCCUUCUAGGAGUACCUGCUUUACUAACCCAGCCUUUGGUUGAAACUGAUGGAACUGAGCAGUGUUUUAUCAAGGAAUUCAGAUCCGUGACUCAAGAGAUCAUCUUCUUAUGCUUGAAGACCUUGGGGGGGUUUGUAGUUCCUUUCAUCAUUCUUGGUAUCUGUUACUGUUUAAUAGCUGCCCAGCUCAGGAAAACGAGUUACAACUCCAAACAUAAAUCCAUGGUUCUUGUCCACACAGUGGUGAUAGCCUUCACUCUGUGCUGGUUGCCUUACCAUAUUAUCGAAAUUAUUGAUCUGGUUUGCAUCUUAGGAUCGGGUAGAGAACAUGAAUGUGUGCCGCAGAGUAUUGUCUUUAGCUCCGGUGCUCUUGUGUUUGUUAGCAGUUCAGUGAAUCCAAUUUUAUACGUCUUUUUGGCAAGGAACUUACAAGGGAGUCUCAAGGAGUCCCGCCUGGUCAGGCUGUUCCAGGAAAUGGCCACUCACACCAACAAACUCAGGGAGCUGGUAGUACAAAAGCAGACUGGCCAGAGGGCAGCAAAUACGCAGGUCGAGCUGAUGUCUGACCCGUGUGAGAAAAACUGAAUUGCUGAAACUGUGAUGACGGGAAAAUGUGAUAAUUGCCUUCUUCAGUUAAUUAAGAGACUACGGAAAGUCUCAAUUUUGUAAAUAGUGUUGGCAAAGAUAAAGUGUUGCAAAUCAUUCCUUUAACAGAUGCCAUGCUCUCCAAUCCUUGUUUCCCAUUCACCCUUGGACGUCAAUACAAGCAAACAUGUGGUUGUGAUCUUAAUGUGUUUCUCAUUGUUGAUUGCAAUUUAUUGUUGGAGGGAAAAUUUAAUUAAAUUCAAAAAAUUUAAAAAAAAUCUGAUAUCAUCCAGUGUUGUGU